AGUCAUCGACCACUACUACCACUUUGCUGCUGAAUUGCUACUGGGCACCUGGCGUGUCCACGCGACGCUGGACCCACACAUCACUGCCGAGGCGCACUCUUCCAUUGAGCCGCCCGCGCGUGCGUGGUUCCUGCACCACGAGCCGAACCAGUGGCGCGACCACCCCAAGUUCAACCCCACGAUCAUGUACGGCUGCUUCCCGAACACGGCACUUCUGUUCCCUCAGGACAUGGACGACCUCCGCCAGGUGACUGCCAGCGAGUACCGCAAGAAGGCAUAUGUGUUGGACAAGGCGAUCCUCGCGGACCGCUCUGCCGCCUUCCGCGGCCCUUACACCGGCCCAACAUCUCGCACGGUCGCAGGUGCCACCGCCUUGGGCAAUGUUAGCCGCUGGUGGUGGGAGCCGAUCCGCCGGCAGGUGCUCCGCUUCUCCGAGGUUCCCGAGGAGAUCAUCAGCCGCAACCUGGAGGGGUACGGCGCCGUCGACCCCGUUGAGUGGGAAGGCAAGACUGCUGCUGAGAUCGGGUACACCCCGCUCAAGCCGGCUGGAGACUACAAGCCCGUCGUCACCUAUAUCUCGCGCCAGAAGUCGCGCCGCCGCCUCACGCCUGAGUCACAUAACAAGCUCGUCGCCGCGCUCAAGGAGAAGGCGGAGAAGGUUGGCUUCGAGUUGAUCGUCGUUGAGGCUGAGCGAUACACGAAGGAGGAGCAGUUCGCAAUCGCCGGCAAGACGACAAUCAUGCUCGGUGUGCACGGCAACGGUCUGUCGCACCUGCUCUGGAUGCCCGCGACGCCCAGAUCCGCGGUCAUCGAGAUGUUCUACCACGGCGGCUUUGCGCGUGACUGUGAGUACUGCGCUGCGCAGCUUUGUGAAAUACGCUGACCCUCUAGACCAAUGGACGGCGCACGCCCUCGGUAUCCGCCACUUCGCAGUCCAGCACGACCAGUACCGUACAUCGCCCAACCUGUAUCGUGUCGACUACCCCGAGGGUUUCCAGGGGAAUCAGAUUACGGUCGACGCGGCAACAGUUGCGAACCUGAUCGAGGCGCGUUUGACAGGCAAGGCAUAGGGUGGGGAGAGGGGAGGCGCAGCCUUGAGGGCUAUCUCACGAAAUCUGGCGCAGACAACCAUGUCGCCCGGUCAUCAUGUUUCCAAUGCAUAUCUUGU